AUGAGCAAUAUUUGCAAAGAUGCAGUAACAGAAUCACACCCAAUGAACGGUGGAGAUGGAACAUAUAGCUACACCAAGAAUUCCUACUUCCAGAAAUCAGCUACAAAUGUUGCUAGGUGUAUGAUCCAUAAUGCAGUUGCAGAUAAGCUUGACAUAAGCCAAUUAUUCUCCAAUUUUGCUACAUCAUCGUCAAACACAUUUCGCAUUGCUGACUUGGGAUGUUCAAUUGGACCAAACACAUUCACUGCCAUGCAAAACGUACAAGAAGCUAUCCAACAUAAGUACCGAUUAUCACAAUCUCGACCCCACAAUUCAUCUUCUUCCUCUUCUUUAGCGAUGCCUGAGUUCCAAGUAUUCUUCAACGAUCACGUCACCAAUGAUUUCAACACUCUUUUCUCUUCUCUAGCUGCCAGCGAAAGGCCCUACUUUACAGCUGGCGUCCCGGGCUCUUUCCAUGGUCGAUUGUUCCCCAGCUCCUCCCUUCAUUUUGUGCACUCCUCCCUUGCUCUCCAUUGGCUCUCUACAAUGCCCAAGGAGUUGGUUGACGAGAACUCUCCGGCGUGGAAUCGAAGUAAAGUUCACUACACAAACGCCCCAAAUGAGGUUUACAAAGCUUAUGAAGCUCAGUUUGGUAGGGACAUGGCUCAGUUCUUGGAAGCCAGGGCUAUAGAGCUUGUGGUUGGUGGUUUGAUGGUGUUGAUUAUGCCUGCAGUCCCAAAUAAUGUCCCUCUUUCUCAAAUGCCUUUGGGUGUGAUCUAUGGUCUUCUUGGAUGUGUUCUCAUGGAUUUAUCAAAGGAAGGUUUUAUUAGUGAAAGUGAAGUUGACUCAUUCAAUUUACCUGUGUAUGUGGUUUCCCCAAAGGAGAUGAUAGGUAUAAUAGAAAGAAAUGGGUGUUUUAGCAUUGAGAUAAUAGAGUUAUACAAGCCCAUGUCAAGUGUUAAUAAUGGUGAAAUCACUCCGUUGACAGUUACUAUGCACCUAAGGGCAGCGAUGGAGGGUAUAAUCAUCAAGCACUUUGGAACUGAGAUUAUUGAUGAACUCUUUCAUAGAAUUCAUAAGAAAAUGGAAGAGCUCUCAAAUCAACUACAACCACGCACUAAGGAAGGAACUCAACUCUUUCUUGUGCUAAAACGCAAAUCAUCAUGA